CAUUAAACAGUAUUCGAUUUGUACUUUAUAGUAGUCGAAAAACGCCGUGUUGAGGAUCCGGCAUCUAUAUUUUAUUUACCAGCAGUUAAAUUAUAGAAAACCAAUAAAAUGACUAUCGGCAAGAACAACAAAAUGAUUCAGCACCUGAAUUAUCGGGUGCGAAUCGUUCUGCAGGACUCUCGGACUUUCAUCGGAACUUUUAAAGCCUUUGACAAACACAUGAACUUGAUCUUAGGAGAUUGCGAGGAGUUCCGGAAAAUACGUUCGAAGAAUUCCAAAGUGCCGGAACGAGAGGAAAAAAGGGUUCUAGGGUUCGUAUUACUGCGUGGCGAGAAUAUAGUUUCCUUGACGGUGGAAGGUCCUCCGCCACCGGAGGAGGGCCUGCCCCGAGUUCCCAUUCCUGGAGCAGCUCCUGGCCCUGGACUUGGUCGAGUUGCCGGACGGGGUGUGCCCAUCAAUAUGUCUGCCGUGCCAGCAGGUCUCCAAGGACCCGUGAGAGGCGUGGGUGGACCAGCUCAACAGCACAUGGCUCCUAUGGGGCGGGGAGUGCCCCGGGCCCCGAUGAUGGGAGCUCCACCACCGGGAAUGAUUCCCGGCGGUAUGCCUUCGAUGCCAGGAAAUAUGGGUCGCGGCGCUCCUCCACCAAUGCGUGGCCCGCCGCCAAGCAUGAUCCGAGGAGCACCACCACCAAGCAGGGGUGGUUAUUAGGUAUACCGUCAACACAAUAAAACUUACUUA